UCACAUAAGGGAGAGCUACUUCCAGAGAAGUGAGGCGAUCUGCUCUAUUACCAGAAGCACAUCACUUGCUCAUAUUUGCCAAGAGAAGUUUUUGGAAAAGUUUUUUUUGUGCUUGUUUUGUUUUGUAGGGACACAAUGAGCUUUUUCAUUUCAGUUUUCGGUGUAAUUCUCACUUUGUGUCUUAUUGGGAGGAAUCCAGCAAGUGCUGGGAUGUGCUGGCUGCAGCAGAGUCAGGACCAAAGGUGUGACAUGGUGCUGAUGAGAGGGGUGACCAGAGAGGAGUGCUGUGCCUCGGGCCGACUGGACACAGCAUGGUCCAAUACUAGUCUACCUAUGAAUGAGGUCAGCCUUCUGGGCUUCCUGGGAAUUGUCUCCUGCAAACCCUGCAAAGAGACCUGUGAGGGAGUGAAAUGUGGCCCGGGAAAGGUUUGCAAGAUGAAGACUGGAAGGCCUCAGUGUGUGUGUUCUCCAGACUGCUCUCACAUCUCCCGCAAGCACGCAGUGUGUGGCAGUGAUGGGAAGUCGUACAAGGAUGAGUGUGCUCUGCUGAUGGCCCGCUGCAUGGGACACCCUGACCUCGAGGUCAUGUACCAGGGAGAGUGCAAAAAGUCGUGCUCCAAUGUGGUGUGUCCAGGUACUCACACCUGCGUCACUGACCAGACCAACAGUGCUCACUGCGUAAUGUGCCGCACAACACCUUGCCCGAUACCCACAACAACCGAGCAGCCCAUCUGUGGCAAUGACAACAUCACUUACCCCAGUGCCUGUCACCUCCGCCGGGCCACCUGCUUCCUGGGCCGCUCCAUAGGAGUGCGCCACUACGGCCACUGCAACAGUCCCCCAAGGAAACCUCAGGAUUUGGAAGGCAGCGAGGAAAACGCAGUCUAGAUGGACUAUUCACGAUAUAGUCCCUGUGCAAGAGAUGUUUGCUUCUAUGUGUCACUCCACUAGCUUCCCAUGAUGACCUCUUAUUUUUUUUGACAAUCACUCACCCUAACCCUUUGUACAUAGAAUGGCACUACAUUUGAUAUGGGAGACUUUGUUGGAAGACAUAUGUAAGCGCUACUGCCCCUUCCAAAACGCAACCAAAGCUGUUGGUGUUUGCAAUGUGUGUUGAUUGUGAAUUAGGUUGUGGAAAUAAUGGCAGACAAAGGCAUGUGUCUUGAGAGAGGAAUAUGGGCUCUGUGGGAGAUGUGUGCAUAUUGUAAAUAGAAUACCACUACUAUUUAUUGGAGAAGGUAUCAAGUUCUAUUUAUGUUUUUAUCCUGUAUACAAAUCCAUAUAUCCUUAGAAAAGCUGAUGCAAAAAGUGUAUUUAUUGUGUUAUUUUGUUUAUUCUGUAUGUACAAUAAUGGUCACUGGCAUUGCUUUGUUUUUACAACUUUUUACAGUUUUUACAGCCCCCACACCCAACCCCCUCCAUCCCACACACACACACAAACAAACAAACUAUUUUCCCUCAUAAGCAGUAUGGCAAGGAACCCUAAUUUGUUUGGAAACUUGAUGCCACAUCAUAGCCUGCCAGUGUGGUUUCAACCCACCACAAGCAAAAACAGGGCAAAUGCAGUUUGUACUGUCUGAGUUUUGGUCUUUGUUUGGAGGUGAGGAGGGGACUCAACCCAAACAAAUGUGCACAGUAUCUCUCUCCUCUCUCUCCCCUCUCUUUCUCUUUCCCCCACACAUGUUUACCCUGGAUCCUCAUCAAAUCUCUUGGCCACCCGUUGAUGACUAAAAUUAACAGUUUAGUUAUGUCUAGGGAGUUUUAUAAGACUGUUGGUUCAACCCCAAGCCCUCUACAAUACCUCCUCUGUUGAAGCCUUGGCUUUGUUUAGUCAUUGCAUUUGUAGGUCAUGCAGGUUCAUACCAAUGCUGUUUUGCUACUUUGAAUUGAUUGGGAUCCUUUAAAAAGAAAUUACCACACAGACAAAUGCAAUUAGCAUCGUCUGAUUGAAAGCAAAAUCAAAUUUGUCUGGGAAUGGACCUCAAUUCAGGGAAGUAGAGCCCACCUGAUUAUGCUGCCAACACAGAUGAAUGUAUCUGUUGACUGGUGACACUGCUGCCCCUUGAAAGCUAAUAAAUAUCUAUACAAAUGGCCAGUUUUCAACGGUCACGGUAAUCCAAUUAAAAUUUUAAACUCAAAACACAUGCUUUUAACAAUCCUCUUGGUAUAUUAUGGAACAUUUUUAUGAACCAUAUAGAUGUUCUUGUAAAUAACAGCCUCAUGUACCUGUGUACGUACUGUGAAAUUUGAUUGAUAAAUGCAUCGACUUAUUUUUGUAUUUUUGUACUGCAAUUUCAAAACAUCAUAAAAUAUAAUAUUUGUCA